AUUGGGUCAUCCGAGAGGGUAAAGCUGUGCCUCCCCUUCAGUGUCACACUGCUCUGGUGAAGUCCAGCAACUGCAAACCCAUAGUCUGAUCGUUCAGGAAAGGGGCAAAGAAUGGAGGAGCUCCUGUUAAGAGCUGCAAGAUGAGACGCCCUCGCUUUAAGGAGGUGGAUAAAUAAAACAUGAUCCUGCCCUGGGCUCAAUGACAUCAGGGUUUUCUCUCUCUUUUUCCCUUAUCUCUCUCUCUCUCUCUCCCUCUGCCUGAAUUUUCUUGUGUUUAUUUCCUGGAAGAUUUUCAAGCCUGGCUUUCUCUUUUGCACGAUAUCUGUGUUUCUGCCAGGGUCUGUUCUGUGGAUGCAGUUCAUCUAUUUUGAUUUUUGGAGGGUCUGUUUGAGCUGAUCGACCAAGGAAAAGACAUUAGCCUGGUGCUUUGUUCCAUUCCUCUCUCUCUCUCUCUGUGUGUGUGCCUUGUUUUCUCUCUGUGUUUGUGUGGGGAGAAGGAGGUUGGAGAGACCGGGGAAGUUGCGGGGGGGGGGGGGGGUUCGAAAAAUAACAGCAGGUGCCCAUUGAAGACUUCAGCCUUUGUCGCUGGGCAUAUAUCCCCGGUGGAGGAGAGUUGCAGAUCUUGAGGCGAGGGGUACCAGAUGCCUGGAGAUAGCCCCAGUCUGUGCCCAGCCCUUUGAUGUGAGCCUACAGCCCGUGCCAUCAGCGCCAUUCGAAGGAAGGGGAGGGGGCAUUCAGAUGCCACACUGCAGAGGUUGGUGGUAACAGUCUGGCUGUCUCUCUCUCUUUCCUUGCUUCGUGUCUUCCCCCCACCGCCUGCUGUGUGUUUCUCCUGCUGGGAUGCUGAAGGAGUGACGGAGAUGGCAGCUGGCCGGCUCCUGCUCUACGCCGGUCUCUCCAUGGCCCUGUGCGCCCUGGGCAUGCUGGCGGUGGCCAUCUGCUCCGACCACUGGUACCAGACCGAUGCCAGGAGGCACCGGGAGCGCUGCAAAAACUACGCCAGCCGUACCAACCACCCGGGCUUCAUCUACACCUCCAACAACCUACCCCUCCGUGCCAGCCGCCGCCAGCUGGACCGCUGGGAGGAAAAGCUGCUGGGCACCAGGAACCGGCGCCAGCUCUUCGCCCUGAGCGCCGCCGAUGAAUGCAGCCGCAUGUACAAUUCUACCAACACCGGGCUGUGGAUGAAGUGCCACCGGCUGGGAUUUGACCAGGACAUCGCUGAACUGAUUGCCAAAGGUGUGAUAAACAGGUGUACACCAAUCAAAUAUCACUACUCCUCAGCAAUCCUUCCGAAAAAUCUUUCAUACAACAUCACGAAAACCAUUCGGCAAGACGAGUGGCACUCCCUGCAUCUGCGCCGGAUGACAGCUGGAUUCAUGGGCAUGGCAGUGGCCAUCAUUCUGUUUGGCUGGAUAAUCGGAAUCUUGGGUUGCUGUUGGGAUCGAGGCCUGAUGCAGUAUGUGGCUGGCUUGCUGUUCCUGAUGGGAGGGACAUUUUGCAUCAUCUCGUUGUGUACCUGUGUCGCCGGAAUUAACUUUGAACUCUCCCGCUACCCCAGAUACCUGUACGGUCUCCCCGACGACAUCAGUCAUGGCUACGGCUGGUCCAUGUUCUGCGCCUGGGGAGGUCUCGGGUUGACACUCAUUGCUGGUUUCUUCUGCACGCUGGCACCGUCUGUCCAAACCGUCCCCAGGACGAGCUACCCGAAAUCGAGACCAGAAAACGGCACUGUAUGCUAAGAGCUGGAGGAAGCAGCCUAACAUCAAGGGAGACCAGCCCAACAGUCUUGCUCAUUCGGUGCCUGGCUUGAUGGACCUUUGAUGGCACAAGCUGGACAGCAAACCCUGAGCAAUGUAUAAUUUAUGACUUAUAUGUUAGUCUUAUUUCUUUCAAUGAAGAAGAACUUUAUGUAUAUGCUGUAUCUAUACUGUUACAUUCAAUGGAGAUGAUCAACAGUCUGACACUUUUGUUGUGCUGAUGAAUAGGUUCGAUUAGUCCGGUUCACCAUGGUGGAUAUGUCCCAAACUUACCUGCUGUAGUGUACAGAUUUCUCUUCCAUUAAAACGCAGAACUCUGUGUGUCGGGA